AUGUCGGACUCCCCCCAAUCUCCUACCAAGGAUGUCGAGCAAGGUGUACAAUCACCGGAAGAGGAACAAAUGAACGAAGCUCAAGACCCACAGUCCGGUGGCCUGGGCUAUGCCGAGUUCGAAGUCAAAGAGCAGGACAGAUGGUUGCCCAUAGCCAAUGUCGCCCGCAUCAUGAAGAAUGCUCUCCCUGAGAACGCGAAGAUUGCGAAAGAAGCCAAGGAAUGCAUGCAAGAGUGCGUCAGCGAGUUCAUCUCAUUCAUCACCAGCGAAGCUUCGGAGAAAUGCCACCAAGAGAAGCGAAAGACGGUCAACGGCGAAGACAUCUUAUUCGCCAUGACAUCUCUCGGGUUCGAGAACUACGCUGAGGCGCUGAAGAUCUAUCUCUCCAAGUACCGUGAACAGCAAUCCCAGUCUAACAGAGGAGAGAGCUCCCACCGCCCCGGCAGCAGUGGAUACGGCGCCAACCCGCCGACUGGAGCCGGAAGCUUCCAGGCCGAGCCCCAGAACAAUGUCCUCGGAGCUCAGCAAGACGGCAGUGCCGACCAGAACUAUAUGUACGGCGCGCAGACCGGUCAUAAUGGCACCGGUGGCGCCGACGGCUACUAA